CCACGGGGGGGGGUGUUGGGGUUCUGUGUAGGGCGCUCGGCGAGGGACACGGGUCCGAGGCAGGCCCCUGAGGACACCACGUCGCCGGGCCCGUCCCGUCCCGAUCGCAUCGACCCUGCCCUGACUCCGGGAAUUUGGACCAUCCUUGACCCUGGAGCCCCUCGAAGAUCAGCCUCGAGUCUUGGACUGCGACUCCGUGUGGCGCCGCGGCCGCGUUGGCUGCCCGGCCACGUUCUGCGCCGGUGGCUCCAGGUCGACGGCGUUGCCGUGCUCCACCCGAGAGGCGAUCGUGUAACCGAGGCCGCGUUGUCGUCUGCUGGCGCGGACUGGAGUCUCCCCGUUGAGCAGCGAGGUCAACGUCGGAAGCGUUGCCAGGCCAUGAGCAACUCUGGGCGUGAACCUACCACGGGAGGAGACGGCAGGGUGUCUGGGAGCUCCUCGUGCUCCUCCGCUCGGUCCUCCAGCAUCACCUCUGCUUGGGUCCAGCUGUUCUCCGUUCGUGGGCUGAUCUUGCCCAAACAUUUGGCCAUCUAACCGGUGGAGAUUUGGUCCUAUGUGGUGGAGGAUGAGUAGAGUUGGGUGCCAUCUCUAGACAUGGGAAAAUUAGAUAUUUAUCUGUAAAUGGUGGUAAACGUUGGUUGUGCCUGCAUGCACCCAAAUGACACUAAAUAUUUCCACCGAUGAGUGUCGAAAUUCACGGAGAGGCAAAAAAUGCCCAUUGAGAACUUGUUAGAGACCAUUGUUAAAUUGUUCUUGGCUGAGACGCCCAUCAAGCCACGUGGCUGCGAAAAUUUAAAUGGGUGAAAAUACCAAUUAGGGUUAGGGUUAGAUGCGUCAACCCUCCCAAACUUUGUGUGACUGUGAAAACAUAAUUAGAUAAAACUUGCAGAAUAAAGCUUAAAAAUAAACAUUACUAUCCAUAAAAGAAUGAAUUUGGCCAAGCCUAGUUAGCUGCGUGUCAUUGGGGCUUGAGUCCGAGUCGUCUGACAGGUGUUUGAUAGGAGUGGACAGAGAUUUGAUCCUUUAAUGGGACUCCACUCAUGAGGGGUCUAGUGGUGGAAGUGAAGUUGCCCAUCCUAGUGUCACUCUAAAAAUGACUCCAACCAUUUCAGAACGUUCUCCUGGACCCUGCAGCCUUUCCUGGCCGAGACAGCGAGAUCACAGUUGACAGGAACAUGGCAGAGAGCAUGAGAGAAUGGAGAUUUCUCCUUCAUCCAUUGAUAAAUCAUCCAUUGGCAUCACUGAAGUGGUUCCGGUUCCACAUUUCAGUCCAGAUGUUGAUGGAUCUAGAUGAGCUUGGAGUUGCACUUUGGGGGGACUAAUAUUGGCCGGUUGUUGGCUAGACCCGCUGGAUCCCAUUGCAGGCCUGAAGGAGAUGGAGACACUUCUGUUGACCUUACAUCCUUGACCAGAUCUUGGAAAACUUGUCCUGAUGUUGAAACUAAUCUCUGCUCAAAUCGCUUUAUGUUGAGUUGUCUGACUGGUUUAAAGGACGACUUACGCUGUGCCACUUGAAUUACUAGCAACAGUUUGGAGUGGUCUGCCCCAUGCAUGGCUACAGUGACUUGUCGAAUUCGCUGCCAAUCAACAAGGCAGUUAAUAAGAUGCUGUUGUUUGGACCUUGGGCUUGCCUGUGACAUUUUUGUUUUGUCAGAUAGGUGGAAAAAGCCGUUUGCAAUUGCUAAUUUCCCCUUGAACUCUGCUACUUAGCUCCUGGCCCAGUUGGAUGAGGCGCUGGCUUUCGAGGGGCCGACCCGAGAGGAGCUGGAGGCGGAGCUGCCAGCCAAAGUCCUGGUGGAGCAUGCUGUGGACACACGGAAGAAGCAGAAGUGGAUGUGCAGCCAGCUCCACGUGGUCAAAUUCCUGCUGGAAUUCUUGGACCAGAGGGACUCCGCCCCCUUUGACCAGAAGACCAAAGAGGCAGCCGUCCGGAGCGAGAUGGUGCAAGCCAAGCAGCAGUGGAAGGAGCUGAAGGCUGGCUACCAGCAGCGGGUGGAAGCCAUCGAGGGGGCAGUGCCCUGUGUGCUGGCCCAGCUGGAGAAGGGCCAGCACCUGGCGCAGCGGCUGAAGGAGGCUCUGGUGCAAUACGAGGCCCAGAGACAUGAGGCUGAGAAGAAGGCAAGGGAUGCCCGGGAGAGACGGCAGAAGGAGCAGCAGCAGCUGGAGGAGCGGCAGCAGCAGCUGGAGGAGCAGGCGGCUUUGCUGCGGAGCCGGCUGGAGGCUCAGCGCCAGGAACUGCACCGGCUGCAGGGGGAGCUCCAGAGCCAGGAGUGUGUUGCCAGCGGCUGGAGGGAGAAGGUGGAGAGGAGCUCAGCCCUCUGCCAGCUCUUGGAGACCCUCCAGGGGGUCCGGCUGGUCUCUGCCUCUGGUGAUGAAAUCGACAUGGAGCUGACGCCCGGCCCCCAGCCGACGACCCCUGACCCCCAGGCAGCGACUCCCGACCCCCAGCCGCUGAGGCUCACCUUGUGCUGGGCGGAGGAUGGGAGCGUCAGGGUGCGGAGCCACAGUCCCCUCUUCCCAGCCCCCGCGCCCUGCGCUGACGUGCGGGGCACCGUCCUAGAGCUGCAGCACCGCUACCGCCAGCUGGCCCCACUGCUGACUGAGAUCCAGGCCCUCCAGACCAGGUUCCCUAUCGACUGGCAGCCCCAGGAGCGCCGGCUCCGCUUCCUGCAGCCCUCCGCCGUCUGGACGCUGGCGGUGGAGCCGGGAUACGUGGGGAGUGGGGGCGUCCGACUGCUGGCGGUGCAAGGGCAGCAUGGCCCUGGGGACCCUGGGGCCUGGAAGCCCCCCCAGGAAACGCCAUCCCUGCGUGAGUGGCUGGAAUACCUGAGCACUCUGGACAUCUGAGCACCCCUCUGGGCCCCAGAGCCCCUUGGGGGGGGGUUACGCUGCCCUGUAAUAAACACACCUUUGUAAA